AUGAAGCUGUCUCUACUCCUUGCCCUCCUGGGGGCCAUCUCUGCUCGCCAGCUCUAUGAGGGCACCCCAGAGCAGGAGGUACCAGCUGAGCAAGGUGAGGAGGAGCUGGGGAAGCUAGAGCCACCAUGUCCCAUGGGGAGUGAGAGCUUCAGGAUGAUAGUGCCGAGCACUGAGGGCCACACCUGUCACUAUGUGUUUGUGAACAAUUGCCAGCCAUUUUAGAGAGCCCAAAAACUGUGUGCUCGCUGCUACCGUGGCUGCCUGGCCUCCAUCUACAGCCAUUCAACCAAUGAACGCCUGCACUGCACGCGCCCCCACACCAACCGGGGCCAGGUGUGGAUCGGAGGCGUCACCUCCCGCUGGGUAAGGAGACGUGUGCGCUCCUGCUGGAUCAGCCACAGUCCCUGGAACUACACCAGCUGGGCUGGAGGGAACCCCUGGUGCUUUUGGAAAAUGUGUGUUGUCCUGAGCACUGCAGGUGAUCACUGGAGAAGCGUCAGCUGCCAAACUUGCCUGCCCUUUAUCUGCAAGUACUGA